UCCAAACCUCCCCAAGUCCAAGUCGCCGGUCUACGCCCACGAACAGUCGCAGCACUCCUCCUAAUGGUCACCAUCUUCCUCGGCACGCUCCUCUCCCACCUCCUCUCCCUCACCCAAUCCGAGUCGCUCGUCGCUCUCCAAACCCCUUCUUCCGCAACCCAUUCCUACUUUGCGAACAAGCACAAUGUCUUCAACCUCUGGUUUGUCAAGUACGCAUGGGGUUGGACGUCUUUCGUCUUCGUCCUGCACUGGCUGGCAGCUCCGAAGGGCGUAAGACGGCCAGCGAGCUGGGUCAGGUACACGCUUGCCACACUCGCAUUCCUGGCGUUUACAGCAUGGUUCUUCGGUCCGGCGAUGAUGGACCGUCUGCGGAUCCUCUCAGGGGGGGAAUGUGUCCUCCCCGUGCCCAGCCCGCCGGCCAGCACCGGCACCUCCCUCUCCCCACCCUCAGCACCCUACCUCCUCCGAGUUCCAUACACACUAUGUUACACCCGCACCCCGCUCUCGCCCUCCACCCAUCCGGAACUCUUCGCCCAACCCGACAUCCCCGCACCUCCCGCCGGCUUCCGCCUCACACCUAGGCUAAGAAAGGGACACGAUGUAUCCGGGCACAUCUUCCUCCUCACACUUGCUGUCCUUUUCCUUGUGGACGAGGUCGCUCUCAGCUGGGGACUGAUAUGGUUCGCUCGCACGAGGGGGGUCAAGCCGACUUGGACACAUCUGUGGGCGACGGUGCUCGUGAGCGCUUUGCUGGUGUUGUGGGGAUGGAUGGUCCUAAUUACGAGUGUGUACUUCCACACUCCUGAGGAGAAGUUCUCCGGAUUUGUCAUUGGCCUCGCGGCGUAUGCGUUCUCCCAAAUCCCACUGCCGUUCCUCGACCGCUGGCUCGAUCCCCGCUAGUACGUAUACCCGGAUGGUAGAAGGAGGAUAGUAAGAUUGCACUAUUUUGUAAAGUACAGCUAUCGCACAGGCUAAUGAUACAUUU